AUUUCAUCCCCACAAAGCAGCACAUACCGACGAGUCUGCACCGUCCAUUUAUCCUAAAACCCCACGUUUUCAUCCAUAAAAUACGUAAUUACUAUAUAUAAACAAAUACCCUGUUGAGGUAUAAUUAAAAACCCCUAUUCAUUUUCAUUUCCUAAGCUGCCCUGGCCUUGCCCAUCUCUCCUCUCCCACCCACCAACCUCGUUGGAUCUCGCUUCUGUCUUCCCCCACUUUUCCUACAAAGUCAAUGGCAUCUACCAGCUCUCUGCAAGCAAUCUCUUCUGUCAGGUUGGUUGAUCGCAGCUCACUUUCCCAACCUCAUAGACUUUUAGGUUCCAGCCUCUCGUAUUCACAGCCUUUUCCCUCCCAUGACCUCAAGAUCUCAUCAACCCAUAGUAGUUCCUUCACCUCGAGAAGCUCCAGGCCUUUCUCUACCACAGCCUUCUUCUUCUUCAACAAGCCAAAGGACUGCACACCAGACACUUCCAAGCCCACAAAAGUACAAGAACUAUGCGUUUAUGAAAUCAACGAGCGAGACAGGAACAGCCCUGCAGUUCUAAAACUAAGCCAAAAACCUGUCAACUCUCUUGGUGACCUGGUUCCUUUCACCAACAAGCUCUACACCGGAGACCUGCAAAAAAGGUUAGGCAUCACAGCUGGACUGUGCGUGCUAAUUCAGCACGUUCCGGAGAAACAGGGUGACCGAUUCGAGGCCAUUUACAGCUUCUACUUUGGUGAAUAUGGCCAUAUAUCUGUCCAGGGACCAUAUCUAACGUACGAGGAUUCUUACUUGGCUGUGACCGGAGGUUCCGGGAUCUUCCAGGGAGUGUACGGACAGGUCAAGUUGCAGCAGAUAGUCUUUCCAAUCAAGCUGUUUUAUACUUUCUACUUGAAAGGGAUACCUGAUUUGCCAGCUGAGAUUCUAGGAAAGCCGGUGGCACCAUCGCCUGCCGUCGAGCCCUCUGCGGCUGCUAAAGCCACUGAGCCUCAUGGAACUAUCCCAAACUUUACCAACUGACCCCAUCGCAAUUCCUACCUUGAGUUGUUGAGCUAGUUCUUUUUUCCUAUUAUCUGCGGGUAGAUGAUCUUUUUCUUUCUAUAUAUGGAGUAAUUUCCUUUCUUCUUUUACAAUUGUAAGAGAUUACCUGUCUGUCUAAUCUUCCAGAGCAUUUUCAGUCACAUGCAUGCAUCUAUGAAAUUCCAGAA